AUGACAUACCUAGAGAACACGACGCAAGUGCACCAAGCGACCAUUUCUCUACAUCGACUAACAGCAAACAGGAAGAAAUAUGUCCUCAACACGGGGGACUCGAUGCCCGCCCUGGGCCUUGGUACAUGGCAGUCCAAGCCAGGCGAGGUAGAGCUCGCCGUGCAAUGGGCCCUCGAGUGCGGCUACCGUCAUAUCGACACGGCAUUUGCGUACGGCAAUGAGAAGGAAGUAGGCGCAGGCAUCAGGGCAUCUGGGGUCCCUCGAGAGCAGAUCUGGCUCACCACGAAGCUGGACAAUGAUUGCCACCACCGUGUUACUGAGGCAAUCAACACGAGCCUUGAAAACUUGGGCACUGACUAUGUUGAUCUGUAUCUGAUGCACUGGCCGGUUGCUCUCGAUCCCAACAACCAUGGCCAGGUCCUCAAAGACUGGGAUUUCGUGGAUACCUGGCGCGACAUGCAGAAGCUCGUCGGUACCGGCAAGGUUCGCAACAUUGGUGUCAGCAACUUUGGUAUAAGGAACCUGGACAAGCUACUGUCAGCGGAGAGCUGCAAGAUAACCCCGGCCGUAAAUCAAGUCGAACUCCAUCCUUUCAACCCUUCCUCCAGGCUCGUCAAGUACAACGAGUCCAAGGGGAUUCACACAACAGCAUACUCCCCGCUCGGCAGCACAAACUCGCCAAUAUAUUCCAACGAGACCGUCAUCUCAAUCGCAAAGUCACACGGCCGCACUGCGCAGCAGAUCUUGUUGAUGUGGGGUUUGCAGAGGGGGACAAGUCUGCUGCCCAAGUCGGUCACCAAGGAGCGCAUCGAGGCCAACUUCGGGGGGCUCAGAGGCUGGCAGCUUACGGAUAGAGAGAUGGCCAGCCUCUCGGGUAUUCCUGAUCGCUUCAAGGUUGCUGACGAUUCGUGGCUGCCUAUGCGAGUCUUCUUUGGAGAUGACGAGGAGGUUGAUGCUGCCAGGCCUGUGUCGAUGCUGUAA